AGCCCGGUUCUUUUGCCACUCCAAAUUUUGAUGAAAAUAACCCACUCCAAUCUUUAAAAUCAAAUAUUGCCGAAUUUUUUCAUCUCCAAAAUCACAACAGGGAAAUCUUCAAAACCCCCUCCUAAAAUCGCCACUAUGAUCGUUAGAAAUCUCGAGAACUGGCAAAAAAUCGCGGCCAACAUCGGCGUACCGUCCAUUAUAUCAGUGAAACUCCGAAAAUCCCCAAAAUCCAUAGCCUGAAAUCACGACGAUCGGCAAACAUCCCGAAAUCAUUCUCGUGCCGUCCACCAUCCACACUCGAAGCCAUUGUUUUGACAUUUUGUGGAUAUUCUCUGUCUAAAUCGUAAACUAGGGUUCUGGAGUAGAAGAAGAUGAAGAGAAAGCGAGACAAGGUACAAAGAAUAUCAAAAGCAAAGAAGAAAACAAAUGUGGGCGAUGAUCAUUUUGAAGACCAGCUGUUUCAACCAAAGGAUUGGGACUAUAUCAUACACCACGAUAAAUGGUUUGCAGGCAAAGUUAAUGUGUUUUCAACUGAAAUGGUCAUCUCAAACUUGUAUGGAAACAUGUCUAAUGAUCAGAUAGCAUUAUUCAGGAAGACAUGCUUCGGUCCGUAUGUGGAUAUGAAGGAAAUCUCAUUGCAGCCUCAGUUGAUUCAUCAAGUACUAUUGAGGGAGGUGAAGCAACCGAAUCUGGAUGAGACGUGGUUCAAGAUUGGCGAGAAGUGUGUGCGAUUUUCAAUACAUGAGUUUUGUUUAAUAACUGGACUUAGAUGCACAGGGAACGAUGAUUGUCUGAAGUACCAGUCAAGACUGAGUAGGAUUAAGGAUACAUAUUUUAGACACGUUCCAAACAUAACAAGAUCUAAAGUUAAAGAUGUUUUUGUUAACCUGAAAGAUGCCAGUGACAAGGAUGUUGUAAAGAUUGGUGUUCUAUACUUAAUUACAUCAUUCUUGUUUACAACAUCUUACAAGAAAUUGGUUGAUGAUUCUCUUAUGGCUCUUGUUGAUUCGGAUGAGAUGGAAACUUUUGCUUGGGGGGAAGAACUCUAUAGGAUUACGCUUUCAUCGCUCAAGUCUGCAUUGAGGAACAAAUCGUUGACUGAAGGGUGGGAAGAAAGCUUCUGAGGCAUAUAGGCUUAAUGGCUUUCCGCUUGCAUUUCAAUUGUGGAUUUAUGAGACAAUCCCAUCUUUAGAGGGAAAAUUUUGUACCAAGGUUAAUGCGUUGCAUCCUCGGAUAUUGAAUUGGAGGUCCAAAGGGCGCGUUACAUCAUCCAAAUUGAACGAGGAUGUUUUUGACCUUGUGAGAUUGGAAGUUAAUGUUGUUGAGCCAACCGAUGAUGAGGAGGCAUACAUGGUUGGCUUGAUUGAUAAGGGUCGGCGAGUCCUGGACUAUGAUUUUGAGGAUCCGAAGGUACGUGCAGCGAAGCCAUCUGAUUCACCAUGUGCAUCCAAGGAAUUAUCUACUCAUACUAACAGUUCUGCCAAGGCUUCUGAGUGCAAAGAGAACGAGAGUGGCUGCCACUUAAAGGAAGAGAUUAUCAGUCGUUUGGCUGAUAUUCAAUCAAAACAGCAUCAAUUAGCUUCAGACCAAGUGGAACUGAAGCUUGAAAUGAUAGGAUUAAGGCGCUUUGUUGCUAAUACAUUCGCGGAUUUGAUGGGUGAGAUAAAAAACCAAAAAACAGGGAAUUUUCCGAAGCCUUCUGAUCUUCAGAUGGUAGUUUACACUGGUGGGGUUGAAUCGGAGAGGAAGAUUGAUGGCAAUGAGGAUGUUGAUCGGCCAACGCAUGUUUAGAACGGUAAUUGUGGGGAAUCGUUGAUAUCCAGCAACCGGAAGUCGGCAAGAAGGAAUCGUUGAUUUCCAACAUAAUGAAAAUGGUAGCUGAAUCUACCACGGAGAUGGAUGAUCCUGGCAGAUUAGGAGAUAGUUUUAAUUUUUAUGCAAAAAUAGGAUAGACAUUGGGAUUUUUUAUUUUUAUUUUUUUUCUUAAUUUUUCUCCUAUUUCAUCUUUUUCAGUAUUUUUCUAAUUGUAGUAUAUUUUUAGCAAUAUAUCAUAUUAUCUGUUUAACAUGUGCCCUACAAGUUGGGCUCAUAAUC